UUUUACUGAUAUUGGAACAAGUACUUAAAUACAUCUCAAGGUGAAGUCCUGUUGUUGUAUUUUAAAAUAAAAUGGCUAGUCAGACUCAGGGGAUCCAGCAACUUUUGGCUGCCGAAAAAAGAGCUGAUGAGAAAGUUCAUCAAGCUAGGAAACGAAAAGCUUUGAAACUCAAGAAAGCUAAAGAAGAAGCGACUGCUGAAGUGCAAAGAUUCCGAGCAGAAAGAGAAAAUCAAUUCAGGGAAUAUGAAAAACUGCAUAUGGGAUCCAAAGAAAGCAAUGCAGUACUUAUAGAAGAAAGUACAAACAAGAAGAUUGAAGAGAUGAAGCAUACAGUUGCACAGAAUAAAGGCAAGAUUAUUCAGUAUUUAAUUGACCAAGUUUUCAAUGUUGAAGCAAGUGUCCAUCAAAACUUUCGACUUGAAAAGUAAAUAGUGUUCAUUGGGUCGUUUGUAAAAAUUCACUUGAAAUAUUUGUUAUAAAACGGUUAAAUUUUGUUCAAUUUAAUUAUUGUUGUACCAUUCCAAUAGUUAACUUUAAUUUUUGAAUUUUUCAUGUGAAUAGGUCUAAACUUUAGGUAAACUUAUGUAUGCAUUUGAAUAGCAUUGAUGUUUCUGCUAAAUAGUAUAAAUUCUACUAGAAGUUAGGUGAUGUAUAUUCGAUAGUUGAAAUUGAUGGUAAAAAAAUGUUUAAAAAAAGCUUUAAGUAUUUUUUACUCUUAUAGAAUUGUUUUGUAUUUCUUUGGAUGAAUAAAAAAUGGAAAAGAAUUUAUUUCAAUAUUGAUCCAGGGCAGCAAUAUUAGAAAUAUUAUUUAAAAACUUAACCCCCCAUAUUGUGCCUGAAAACAUGAAUCAAUCAUUUAAACUUCACACACACGUUAUUUUUUAAAAAAAUAAAUAAAAUAAGAGGAUCUAGUUUUUUUUUUUGGUGAAAACAGAAUUGGAGCUUGCUUUUGUUUUAGGAAACAUUAAAAUCUUUAGGGUCUGUGCCUCUUUUAAUUCGCAUCAGAUUAUAUCAUAUAUAUUUUUUUAAAGUAAAUAAAUGAAAAUGAAGUACUUUAAAUUUUAUAUGUGUUCUAGCCUGCAUCAGUCAUCUUAAUAGGAGGUGCGGCCCUUGAAUGAAAAACAGUUGGGCCCCACUGAAGUACUUAGCUCAGCUAUCAUUACCUUCGAUGUGGGGGGGGGGGGGGGACUGUAAAUCUCUCUAAAGUAACCUUUUCAUUAAACAUUAAAAAGUUUUCCUUUUUGUGUGUGUGUAUGCUUGUCUGAUUCCACAAAGAGAAGAGUUUUCUUAGUUUGAUCUGUCACUGUCGGUGAACAGCAUUCUGAACAACAUUUUGUAUUUUCAAUACUUAUUAUGUGUUGAGAUUAUUUUUGGAGUCUAUAGUUGUUUAUAAGUUUUGUUUAUAUAUAUUUACAAGUAUACUAAUGUUUCAUCCUUUUAUAGUUCAUUAUGUGUUUCAUGAAUGUUUAUUUGCUUAUGCAAAGAAGAAAAAAAAAAGCAAAAUUAUGUGAAAGUAAUAACGUAGCAAGGUCUCUUUUUAAUAACCUCUGCAUAAAGUUAUAUUAUAAAACAUGAAAGCUUUCUAUUAAAUUGCAUUCAUAUUUCCAGCAUAAGCAUCUUAAGUAUUUCAUUGCCAUUUUUUAUGCCAAAAAUUUAAAUUAAUAUUAAUCACAAAAGUUAAGAAUUUUUGUGAGGCAGUGAAACUAUGAUUGUCAACUUAGUUGAGUAUUUGAAUUUGAGGUUUUGAGUCAUGAUUUUGUUGUGCCAAUAUUAUAAUAAAUGAUUUUUUAUUUUUUAAUGUGUCCCACUCAAGGCUAUAAUUCUGUUAGUUUAUUUGUUUAAACUUAUUUCAAAAUAUGAUUUUGUUGAGGUUUUUUUUUUCCUUGUAAAAGAAAUGUUUAAAAAAAAAAGUUCUGAUUCAAUAAAGAUUUCGUCUCUA